GCCCAGGGACGAAGACACUCAAAGACGGGGAAAAGCAAGGGUGCUGAAUAACUAUUAAGGGGAGGGAAGAGAAAAGCGGACCAACUGGACUACCCAUCGCUUAGCCGGAUUCACCCUGCAUAGAAUGUAGCUGUGCCCCCAUUUCUCUCUGCAUCCGGUUCCUGCCACCAAAUUCAAAGCACUAUGGGAGAAGUCCAGAAGGGUUUGUUUUCAGUCAUCGAGAAGCUAAAGGGCACUACAGAGCAAGAACUUCGCAUAGUCCUGCUCGGUUUGGAUAAUGCUGGAAAAACCACUUUGCUCAAACAGCUUGCCUCUGAAGAUGUAAACACCAUCACCCCAACUCAGGGUUUUAAUAUUAAAAGCGUCACCUGCGAUGGCAUUAAGCUCAACGUGUGGGACAUCGGAGGCCAGAGGAAGAUUCGCCCCUUUUGGAAAAAAUACCUGGAGAACACAGAUUUAUUGAUCUAUGUGAUUGACAGCGCAGACAAAAAGAGAUUUGAGGAAACAGGACUGGAGCUCUCAGAACUCAUCGAUGAGGAGAACCUCAAGGGUGUGCCAUUGCUCAUCUUUGCCAACAAGCAGGACCUGGCCACAGCCUCCCCAGCCAGCGAGAUCGCUGAGGGCCUCAACCUACACACGUACCGGGACAGAGAGUGGCAGAUCCAAGCCUGUUCGGCUGUAUCUGGAGAAGGUGUACAGGAUGGCAUGAACUGGAUCACCAACAAUAUUGUAAAGAAGAAAUGAGCGCGCUCUCGCCCAACUCUCAUUUUUACAACUGCUCUAAUUUAAACCAAGUAUGAAAUAUUUGCUCUGGAAGACUUUUGUAAUGACAAUAAAAAGGAGCUGUCUUCAUGUUUGUAAAUUGGCUGCCAACAGAAACUGACAGGAAAAAACAGAACAAAUAGUUUCCCCCUCUGUUAUCUUCUAUUCUCUUGCAGAGAAUUGCUCUCUGACUAGACGAGCCUCUUACAAUGUGUAAACGGUGCCGUCGCUGUCAUUGUUUUGAGAGAUAUGAAACGCAGAGAUAUAAAUAAUGCACCAAAGCAGAGUUUGUUGCCUAAAAUAAAGAGUCGUCGUUCAUGAAACUGUUUUCCUCAGUUUUCCUCAGUUGUUUCUGUAGUUGUCAAACCAAAGAAUCAUCACAAAAAGAGGGCACUUCUUGUACUUUGUUAAAAAUUAUAUGUGAAAUGUAUGUUUUGUGUCUCUGUCAGACUGGAUUUUGUAGUCUAUGAGUAUCUUGUGUGUGCGUCGUGUGAGAUAUGAAAAAUUAAAUAAUUAAAAUUUGUUCUAGUU